AUGGACAAGAAAUGGUCCAAGUUGCCGUGGCACUGCGUUACCCAGGAGUUUGCUGAGAAAAAACGACCAGUCAUCAUUGAGGAUGCCUGCUCCUCCUGGCCAGCAUCAAGCCGAUGGUCGCUCACUGCCCUCGAAGAGAGGUUUCGGCACAUCGACUUCAAAGUUGGGAAGACGGACAAAGGAAAGAAUAUCCAGCUGAAGAUGAAAUACUUCGUUGAUUACUGCCGUCACCAACAAGAUGAUAGUCCGCUCUACUUGUUUGAGACCAAAAUGGACGACACCAGUGCUAUGAGACAUUUGCUGGACGACUUUGAGAUGCCGGAUUUGUUUCCCCACGAUUGGUUGGCGCUCAUGAACCAUGAUGCCCGUCCGCCUCACCGCUGGUGGUGCAUUGGACCGAAGCGAUCUGGAACCACGGUCCACACCGAUCCUCUUGGAACUGCAGCUUGGAAUGCCGUGACCCACGGGGUGAAGCGCUGGGUCUUGUUUGAGCCGAGCACGCCCAAGAGAAUUGCCAAGGCCAAAGAUGUGGUGCAAAAAGGCGAAGAUACGGAAGCCAUUAUGUACUUCGACUUUUUGCUGCCGCGCCUGAAAGACGCGUAUCCCGAUGUGAGAUCCUAUGAAGGUUUGCAGCAUCCUGGAGACAUUAUAUUUGUCCCGGGGGACUGGUGGCAUGGAGUUCUAAACCUUGAGGACUGCGUGGCGGUGACGCAGAAUUACUGUGGCCCCGAUAAUUUUGACAGCGUCUGGUGCCGUGCCCGGAAAGAUCGCGAGAAGGUGGCAUACCUUUGGUGGCGAAACAUGCGGAAAUUCGCGCCGAGGCUCUAUGAAAGAGCUCUGGAGCUAAAUUCUCGUGACGGUUUUCGCAUGCGUCACAUGAGAGGAGCAGGAGAGAAGCUGGAUGACUCUGCUGACUCCAGCUCUGAUUCCUCAAGCAGUGACUCGACAAGCGAUGAUGCGGAAGACUUGACCGUGGAUGGACUACAAGCUAUCUUGGAUCCUGGUGUCAAGUUGGGGCUGACAGAAAGGAAGAGAAGUGUGCCCAUGGCUGAUGGGGAAGCAUUCACAAGUGCCACAUGGCGGCGCCGCUAUGAUUCGGCGGACAUGCCAAGUUGCGUGUGA